AUGACUUUUUUGGCACUGCGAGAGCUGAAGGAGCAAAGAAGGACACACUCACGGAACCACAGAAAAAUGUUUCUCAACUUCUCUCCAUCAGAUAUUGAGAAGGACUCACUGGUGGUCUUUGGCAUUCUGUUUUUUGCCAGUGAGGAGACAGUCAUGGUCCUGGAAAACCAUCUGCUGACCAACAGAUACAUUAAGAAUGAUUCUCAGCUUGUGUCAAUGGAAAAUGCAUCGAUAGUGACUGGAUUCAUCCUUCUUGGUAUGACAGACAACCCUUGGUUUGCAGUCCUGAUAUUUGGAGUCUUCUUUAUUGUUUAUAUCAUCACUGUAUUGGGGAAUCUGGGGCUGGUGGUCCUGAUAGGAAUCAGCUCGCGCCUCCACACCCCCAUGUACUUUUUCCUCUCUAAUCUUUCCUUUCUUGAUGUCUGUUUCUCUUCAAUCACGACACCGAAGACCUUAGCAAAUUUAUUAUCUCAACUGCAGGAAGUUUCUUUCCUUGGAUGUGUGACUCAAAUGAGUUUGUUCAUAAUCUUUGCCUCUGCUGAAUGCAAUGUUUUGGCUUCCAUGGCUUAUGACCGCUAUACUGCCAUCUGUCACCCACUGCUCUACCAUGUUACCAUGUCAAGAGUGCGUUGUCUCCUCUUGGUAGCAGGAUGCUACCUUGGUGGGUUAAUUAAUAUGGUUGCUGUAACAACUUCCAUCACCCAGCUAUCAUUCUGUCAGCCACAUACCCUCCCACACUUCUUCUGUGACAUCCCACCACUGUUGGCACUGGCUUGCUCAGAUCCCUGGCUCACCCAGAUUUUGGUUGUUGGCUUUGGGGGAUUCACCCUGGUCACCUCCAUUGUGGUGAUACUCAUCUCCUACCUGUCUAUACUUAUGACUAUCCUGAAAAUUCCUUCAGCUUCUGGAAAACAAAAAGCCUUCUCCACUUGUGGUUCUCACUUGACUGCCAUUAGCCUAUACUAUGGAACAACUAUGUACACUUACUUGCAGCCCUAUCGACAUGGAUUCCAGGCAGGAAACCAGAUGGUCUCAGUGUUUUAUACAAUGAUGAUCCCCAUGUUAAAUCCUCUCAUCUAUAGUUUGAGAAAUGAGGAUGUAAAAGUUGCCCUAUGGAAAAUACUGAGAAACAGUCACUAA